CCCACACACCCACCAAUGGACCCAUACUCACAUAAAGACACACACCCACAUUAUAAGAAAUUAUAAGGCGUCUUUGAGGAAACUUUGAGUAUCAUUUGAGUAUCUCAUUGCUGAGCCAAGUGUCCUAGUUUUCGGUAAUUAAAACAUGGUCACCCUGGAUAAGACCCUGGGUCCUGCCAUAUAGCCAUCAUUGCCAUCACUAAAUAAACUAUCUGAUCUGAGUGACGUUCCUUGAAAAUGCAGUGGAGUCAAAGGUACAAUACUUGUCUUAAAAUGAAAUGUUUUUAGAUUCAUACAUUUCCUCCUACCAUUAAUACUUGAAUCAAGUACAGCUACUCAAAAAUGUUCUGAAGCACAGCACUCGAGUAAUUUAUGUCAUUACUAUCACCACUGCUUUUCAACACACACCCUAUUUUAGACAAUCAAACUUGAACUGGGCCUGUAUAGCUUGGCUUCCCUGUAGGAUUAUGUCUUUUUUGUUGCAACACCUUAUGAGACUAUGCACACGCACACAAAAAGAUGCCAUUCAGCUAGGUGGUUUUGCAGCCAAUCUAUCAAUCAGCCUGUAUCACUCAACACUCUAGAUCUCAGUCUGUGUCUUUGAGCAACUGGUCUUCUUCAUUUAUAGUAAACUCCUUUGAUAUACCUGUUUGGUGAGUCUGACUGAAAGACAAAACCCAUCAGAUAAAAGAGAAGUCAAAAAGAGGAGUGAGCACAGAUGCUUGUUGCUUCUUGCUGUCAAGGUAGGACACCUAUUUCUGCCACUCCAGAGGACAAAAAUACUUAAACUUUGCGUUAUAUUUGCUAUAAAUACCCCAGUCUUUGUUUGAAUUAUAGAUAGAAGGAAUUAAACGCUUGUUUCCUUGUAUAUAUUUCUUAUAGGAAACUUGGUAGUCAGUUAGGGCUUCUUUGACUCUUGAUUUUUUACGUUACUGUUCGUUCAGUGGUACACAUCAAAGUUUUCAUAAGGUUUCGUUUAAAGCAGAUGGGCUGAAGGGGUUUGAAAUAGUGCUCUAGUGUAGUAUUUCAUCGCAAAAACACAUAGUUAUAUCUCUAAGUCUCAUAAAAGUAACCGUAAUAUAGUAGCAUCUGAAGCUUUCACUUUACAUUUAAUAUGAAGAUGAUGUUUAGGAGUUCUGUCUUUAAUUCAUCUCUAGAUAUAAUUGCUCUCAGUGCAUUCACUUUCAUCAGUCUUGCCAAGCUUGUUAGGCGAGUCACUUGCAAUGGCAGGUAUCACGAAAACCCUGUCAUCACUAAAUGCUGUUUAAAGGAACAUCACAACAUUUCUGCCCGCUGUCAUUUCAGCUCCCUCAAAGGAUAGGAAGUGAUGCUUCGCUGGGUCUUGUUCGCUUUGUUCUUUGGUAUUUGUGCCGGUGCCGGAGAACAGAAGAAUGGGGCAGCAAAGCCUGAGUCCUUAGCAAGAGGUGAAUGAUUUUGGAGCUAUUACAUCUCAAGAACCCUGAAUUUGUUGUUCUGAGCUUGACUUUGUGUCCUAAAAUGCACUGACUGAUCCCACUUUUUGGUGGUGUGUCCUGCAGGAUGGGGGGCUGGCAUUUCCUGGGCUAAAACUUAUGAGGAAGGGCUGUCAAAGAUGAUUAAAAGGUAAGAGAGUACACCUGGACAACAGCUCUUAUUUCUAUUCUUUAUGUGGACACUAAAGUUGGUAGGAGGAGACUGUAGAUGAAAACUGCAAUAUGUGAAUUUUUAUUAUGUGUGAUAUACACUCAAGUGAGGGGCCUAACAGAUGGUGUGCAUGAGUUACUAUCACCUGAUAACACAGUGAGCAGAAAGCUAGCACACACAGCUCCUAAAAAUGCUGCUUUCAAAUCAUCAGUCACUUUUUUACAGUCCUUUACAGCACUGCAUAUGACUGUCCACACGCAGUCUUUCAGUCACUCGUGUCUGUAAUAGUGAUGAGGUGACUGGCAGGUUCAGUUAAGGUGACAAAGCUUCAUCUAUUCACUCACUUGUGGAGUAUAACGCCAUUAUGUUCUUUUGUCAAAGGCUGGUCUAUUACCUCACACUUCAAAUUUUAAUUUCCCUGGGAUAAUGCUGCACAUUCACACCCACUAUUGUGCUUAUUGUGCUGAGGAAUGUGUUCAGUUGUUUCUCCGUGGUUUUCUCUCACAGUAAGAAGCCUCUGAUGGUCAUCCAUCAUCGGACAGACUGCCCGUACAGUCAAGGUACUGCACUUACUUUGUUUCUACAGAUAAAAAAUAUUGAGUAUAAAACAACAGGCUAGCACAAACCGCACAGUCCCUCUAACCCAGGCGUGGGCUUGGCGUCACGGGGAACACAAUGAGUGCGUUCCUUCAUACCUGCUGAACAGGCACUGCAAAAAAAAAAAAAAGAGAGAGAGGUUGGAAUUGUAUUCAUAAAUCACACAGCUGGUUUCCUGAGAGUCAGCUCUGCAGAAGUCUCCACUGGUGUUUCUUAAUGCCUAAACCUUACAGACCACCUACAGGGCAAAAUCUGGCUCUCACUUCUGACUUUUGUUUUGUUUUAUGAAACACUUGAAUGUCUUAAAGCCUGAAUAGAUCAGCACAGCAUUUGAAAACCUUCCAUAACCAAGACUAAUCUAAAUGGAAAGGCAAUAAAAACAUGUAUUUUAUUCAGUCAUAGCUUAAAUACUACACAACCUUUGCUAUGAACACUGCAGAUCAGCUGUCUUACCUGUAAAACCUGUUCAGCAAGACAAAAGCACGGGCCAGACUUUUGUGAACAUGACCUCGAAUAACUAACAAUACCAAAUUUAAAAUUCCUGCUUGUUCUUUGUAAUUAUCAAAACUGCAUCUGCAUUAUAAUGACUGUUAUAAAAAAAAACUCUUUUCCUUGACCCUUCAAUCGAAACUAAACAGACAUCUCUCCACAGAGCUGAAGAAGGCUUUUACUGCCAACAAGUCCAUCCAGAAAAUGGCCAAAAAAGAUUUCAUCAUGCUCAACCUGGUGGUAAGAAAUUAAAAAACAAUAGCAGAUGUUUCUGGAUUUAUUAAUAUCACUUUUUGUUUGAAGGAUUUGUUCAGAAUAUGGCGUUCCUUGUCUAAAAAGAUCAUUCCUAAACCAAUAUUUUAUCACCUUUCUAUGGUUUAAGCAAAAAUAUCCCUCUCUAUGAAAGUAAAAAAGGUCAUUAUGAAAAUAUGAUCUUGGUGUUGCCCUCUAAGACAGUAACUUUUCCUCUACUCAUAACAGAACAACUUUUUUUUUUCUUCUCUUAACAGGAGGAGACUCCAGACAAAAAUAUGGCCCCUGACGGCUACUACGUCCCCAGAAUCCUCUUUGUUGGUAAAUACUUGCUCUCCUUACCCUUUAACACUCAAAGUUCCACAGCGACUUUUAUGGGUUAUAACAGAAUGAGGAUUCGAGUGUGACAGAUGGCAUGAGUACAAUGAUGUAUUUUUAAUGGAUGUGUGGGACGUGUCAGGGAAAGAAGCACCUAUUUGGCACCACCAUUUGUUUUCUCAUUAAAGACAGUAUACUUUGUUUAUUCCUGAGGGUGACUUCAGUUCUAGAUUCUGUUAAACAUGCAACACACAGACCAGAAAAACACAGUCAGGGUUACCUUUGGCACAUAUGCAAAGUUUGUAUUGGUUUCUGGUACAAAAAUGAGUACAGGUUAAUAACAUACAAAUCUAUCUAGCAGCUCUCGACUCUUGAGAAACCUUAAAUGAAGUAAUAUAAAAUCAAUGACAGUAUAAAAUGAUAUCAACAAAACUUAAUCAAAGUGUAUGCAAAAGAUGCUAUGGAGAGCUUUACAUGCUUGCAGGGGGGCUGAAAGAUAGUGUUGUGUUGUUCACGAACGAGUCGUUAAAAAGAACUGAACGAAGUGAACCGAAUCACUUCCCUGAGUGAUUUGUUCAUUGCUCACUUCAGUUGAGAUGAAGUGAGAAACAGCAUUGCCAGGCCAGCAGCUGGCAAACGAGGGACCACAUGCACCGACGCCUGAAUCACUUGAUGAACGGAUCACGCAUUGAACUACACUCUCUGGGAUCAUUUUUGUAGGACAAAACUUCCUUUUUUUUCACUGCUAAAUUGCCACCACAACAACUUGCAUACAAUAGGACACAGCAUGUAACAAGUAGUGCAUUAAACCCGCAGCAUCCUAUCAGUACAGCGGUUUGCGAGGGAACGGUGCAUGUUCAGUGUGAAUUCUUCUAAACGUUCAGUGAACGGAUCACUCACUGAGCCCAAUUCACCAAGCAGACCUGGUAAAAAUAGCAUACCAUAGAACAGUUCACUUAAUACAUCAUGACUUAUAAACAGGUUUAUUUUUACAAACCUGUCUGCCAAAGCAAAACAGCCAAACACUCUCGUCUUUCGGUCCCAGAAGCUAUGAACUGAAUUGAAUCCUGAACCGUUAAGCUGUGUAUCAGUUCAGGAGGUCAGAGUCAUAGGCUUCUCCCGCUAAAUGAUUAGGCGAUUUGGUGAACGAAUCUUUUGAAUGAAUCUUUUUAGUGAACUAAUUCUAGUGAUUCAGUACAUCUAAAAGAACUGCCGUGCCCAUCACUACUGCAAGAUGCUGGUCAAGGAAAUUCUUGCAUACAAAUAUAAAAAGACAGCAAACAGUGUUGUUGACAAUUUUUAAGUCCAGCUGGUGAGACUGUUAGACUGUAAUGAGUCUGAUUAAUCAACUUUACUGUGAUGUUAAGUUUCCCUUUAGACGGCAUAAGAGUCUGUAUCAAGGUGGGUCUGUAUUGGCCACAGGGAGCACCAGAACAUGUUGCACUGCAGGUCCACUCCCACAUGCACCACAAACAAACAGAAAACACAAACAUGCUGCAGCAAGUGCACCAUGCAUGAGGGACAGAGGCAUCCUUCAUAGGAUUUGACUCUAAUAUAGAUGAACUGUUCCUGCUGUUGUGCGAGGUUUUGGUCCAGAUGGACGGUAGAGAGGGUCUCGAAGAGUCUUGGUCUGGGGUGAGAGGUCACAAUCUCACUCGCAUACAGUGGGGUCCUGGAGGUGUAAAAAUCCUGCAGAGAUGACAGCCUGCAUAGUAUUGGUUGCUAUGCACCAGACUGUGAUGAGGGAGGACAGGAUGGUGGUGUAAAGUGAGCCAUCACUGCCCUUGACUAAAAGUACACACAUCCUCUGCUGUCCUUUUUGAAUGAUGGUCCACAGGAGGCAAAGAGACUCCACAGUGGAAACUGGGGAGUCACAGAGGGUGAUGAGGGUCAAGUGUGGCUGCAUUUUUGUUAAAACCCACAACCAUCUCCACUGUCUUCAGAGAAAUAAACUCCAUGAUAUUCUCACUGCACCAGAUGGUCAACCUCCCACCUGGAGACAGAAGGUGACCAUCUGGAGGGUCCUAGAAACAUGCACCAGUGGAGAGAUAUCAGAGUGAGGGGGCUGCACGGAGACUUGUACCAGAGCAGUUAGCUCAGUGCCACGCUCAAAACACCACUCCACCUAACACGCCACUUUCUUUACUUCUGUCCAGGUCCUAACCAUCUCUUUCACUUUCACUUCUUUCUCUCACUGUUAUCAAAAUGUGUUUCCCACUAAUGAAAUGUGAUCCUGUGACAAAUGUGACAAUCAUGAUCCUCCUCCUGAUAAUCUGGGUGAUGUGUUUUCUGCAGAUCCAUCCAAGGCAGUGCGUGAUGACAUCCGAGGGAGGUACAGCAACCAUUUGUUCCACUACAAGCCUUCAGACAUGGACCUUUGUGAGUGACCGUUUCCUUUCUCUGAUGACAGUUUGGAGGGAUGGCACACACCUCACCUGUCAGCAGGAGUGCAGCUAAACUGAGAUGUUUUCAAAAAGCAUGAUGCCAAACAUUUCAUAUUUUUCAUUUUGAAGAUUUAAAAAGAAAAAAAUUAGAUAAGUCUUUUAGGUCAGUGGAAUAAGUUAGGACAAAUCUGGUAACACAGGCAGGUAUCUGUUGUGUUGGUUGUUUUUUCUCAUUCCUCCUCUCUUUCUUUCAACAGUGGAAGAAAACAUGAAGAGAGCCAAAAUUCCCCUGAAAAGGCACAGCGAACUCUAAACUGGCUGAGCGCUGAGAUCAGGGAUCGACACAGAAAUGUUUACAUGUUGUUCAGAGAUCAAUAAAAC